UUGCUACCUCAAAACACUACGUGGGAACUAUCAGCUGCUUCAUGUAUUAAAAAUGUAAGCUCCUAUCCGGGUCAGUUUAUAGUGAAAUUUGUAUCAGAAACGAAUGUGUUAAAAGUUUAUCAUCACAACAGGGCAGGUAUACGAGGCGGCCCGGGCAUGGACUCCCAACAGCAGCAGUACUGCCUGAAAUGGAACAGCUUCGGCUCCAACCUGGCCACCUCGUUCGCGAACCUCUGGAACUCAGAGAGCCUCGCAGACGUGACUCUCUAUUGCGAAGGUCGUCAGUUUAAAGCACAUAAAGUUAUUCUGGCAGCAUGCAGCAAACACUUCCAGGAGUUAUUCGACACUGCACCGCCAAGUCAUGCUGGCGCCUGCUAUGUAUUUCUCGAAGCUACCACCGCAGACAACAUGCAGGCUCUCCUCGAGUUCAUGUACAAGGGAGAAGUCCAUGUCAGUCAGGAUGCUCUCUCCAGCUUCUUGAAAAGUGGAGAGAACUUACAGGUUAAAGGUUUGUCCAUGGAGAUGUCCCAAGACGCUUGGGUGAAACAACAAACUCAGCAAUCAUCUGAACGUCAUCAAACUCGCAUCAAGACAAGCCCCGUAUCUGGUUCAGGGAACUGUGAUAUUCAGGACGCAGCUCCCCCUCAGACACACGGAGCUACUUUUGCACCAAUUGGCAUGCCUCAAUAUGGCAUGAAUCUACAUAACAGUAGCGGUAGUAUGAGUCGCUAUGCUCCACCAGCUCAUGUGCCCAUACAUUCGUCUACACACCGUAGACCACCGCCACCAAAACCAUCACCAUCUCAAAGUCCACAUGCUAGGAACUACAGGCAGAGUUCAUCAUCUUCUCAUUGCGGCAGUGUCGCUGAUGAGCCUGACACUCGCUCAUCACCAGGCGCUAGUGCUCGAUUUGAAGAGACUCCCCCAGACUGUACUUCCAGUCUUGCUAACCCUGUAAAGAACAACGGAUAUGAACGAGCUGCUUCUGUAAAUGAUGAAAUGAUUGAACGCCUCUCAAAUGAUCAAGGGGCCGAAGGAUCGCGUCAUAUUUCAGAUUUGCGGGUUAAAAAUGAGAACGAUUACCAUGCUAGCAGUUAUAAUAAUUCACCACCGCCCGCUAUUCCGAUACCGACCAGCAACUACCACGAGAAGCCACAUGAGACUUCUCCCGUACCACCUAAACCUAGCCCCGACAUAUGGCCCGCGAAACUGAUUACGAGCAAAUCCGGUGGGAUUGCUACUGCUGAUGGGAAAAAAUUAAAGUGUCCAUAUUGCGAGCGAUUAUAUGGAUAUGAGACAAAUUUGCGCGCUCACAUCCGACAGCGGCAUCAGGGGAUCCGCGUGCCAUGCCCUCAUUGCACGCGCACAUUUACGCGCAACAACACCGUGCGCCGCCACAUUGCACGGGAGCACCGUCACCAGGUCACUCCUCACCUACCACAAGGCCCUCUCCCAAAUCACACGCAGUAA